CCUCGGUGUCAAGCGGGCUUGCAGCGUUACUUCAACCGACACCUGCGACAACAAGCAGCAUAAACAGGGGAUUUGUCUCUCACUGGCAGUACAAUGGUGGCUGCAGCUGAAUACCAGGCUUCUUGUUGAGGUGUUUGUUUCAUGUAUGGACUCACGGUGAUGUUGCUUCCCUCAGAGGAGCUGCCUGAGUUCUCGGCAUGACAGGAAUGAAGACAUAUUUGCAACAAGUAUCGACAUCUCUUUCAAAAGUCAGCAUCUCAUUACCUUGCUAUCAAGAUUUCCCAUACAGAUUUUCAAAUGAAAAUGGAGGAUAUGCCCCUGUCAGGCCCAGACAACACCAGGCUGGAGGCCUUGGUCCAUGACAUCUACUCUGAGCUGGUGGAAGAUGCCUGUUUGGGCCUGUGUUUUGAGGUUCACCGUGCUGUGAAACAGGGCUGUUUCUUCUUGGAUGAAACGGACCAAGAGAGCAUGAAAGAGUUCGAAAUAGUGGAUCAGCCAGGUGUGGACAUAUUUGGCCAAGUGUACAAUCAGUGGAAAAACAAAGAGUGUGAGUGCCCGAACUGCAAAAGGUUGAUAGCAGCUUCUCGCUUCGCCCCGCACUUGGAGAAAUGUCUCGGCAUGGGCCGCAACAGCAGUCGCAUCGCCAACCGCAGGCUAGCCAGCAAUAAUAACAUGAGCAAAUCAGAGAGUGAUCAGGAGGACAACGAUGACCUCAAUGAUAACGACUGGUCGUAUGGGGCAGAAAAGAAGGCCAAGAAGAGAAAGUCAGAUAAGAAUCAAAAUUCCCCAAGAAGAUCCAAAUCUCUAAAACAUAAAAAUGGUGAGCUCGGGAGCACCGUCAGUUCAGAGCCUUACAAGAACAACUAUUAUACUGGCAUCAGUUAUGAAACCUUAGGCCCGGAUGAAGUCAGAUCCCUCUUGACAACGCAAUGUGGGGUGAUCUCUGAGCACACCAAGAAGAUGUGUACCAGGUCUCAGCGAUGUCCCCAGCACACGGACGAGCAGAGGAGGGCCGUCAGGGUGUUCCUCCUGGGGCCGUCCGCGCCGUCGCUGCCCGAUGCAGAUGCUGUGGUGGAGAGCGACAGCUUUGACAUUCCAGACGGACAGACCCUGAUGAGCCGCCUGCAGUGGGAAGACUCCCCCGAUAUUUCACCCGCUGACUCAGCCUCAUCUAAAGCCAGCACCAACCAUUCCGACUCCAGGAGGCCCAAGAAAAAGAAGACAACGUCUCUUGUUUUGAGCAGUGGAGUAGGAGGAGGAGGAGGAGGAGGAGUAGGAGGAAGUCUGUCUGGAGGCAGCAGCAGCUCUCAGAGUAAUAUCAGCUUAUCGACCAAAAAAAAGAGGCCCAAACUCUCAGCACCUUCUAUUACCAGUAUCUACGAUGACCUAAACUAGCAUGAGCCCUGUCUGUCCGAGCAGCUCUCACCUCCUCUGUUAAGCUCCUCCAUACAUACCUAAAUUUACCGGCCUGGACAGGAUGGGAUGAAACUUGAUUUAGUAGUUUUAAUUCAUAUAAAUGUGGCUUGUUGGGAAAACUCCACCUCAAAACAGACUUAACCUAGCCCUACCUAGUUUCUAAAUUAAUGGAAGGCCUCCAGCUGUGAAUCAGAAAACCUGUCUAUCUGCUAGAGUCACCUUAUAUGCCUUCAUAUUGUCUAGGCAGGUUUUUCAAUUUAAGCUGUUCCAUUAUAUGGCCAAAGGUAUGUGGACACCUGAACUUUACAACCAUAUGUUAUCAUUGAACAGUUAAGAGUUUAAGUUUAUCUCAAAGGGGGUUGAGGUCAGGGCUCUGUGCAGGGAAGUCAAGAUUUUCCAAAACCAAACUUUGAGCACAGAGGAAUAGUCAUGUUGAAACCAGGGAGGACCUUCCACAAUCUGUUGUCACAAAGUUGAAGGCACGCUAUCAGAUAAAACAUCAGUGUGUGCUGUAGCAUUACAUAUUCAUUCAUUCGAACCAAACAGCCACAGGGGUGUCCAUGUACUUUUGGCUUUUCAAACCUACAAAUUGACAUCAAGUGCACAAUAUGACAGGAAUAUCACUCAUUUUAUUUUGUUGUGGAAAAAGCCCCAUUUUGAUGUGACAUAGCAGGAAAACCACAGGUCUAAUUAAUAAUAUGAUUGAGGGCUGCGUUCCAUUUAUCUUUCCUGGUUCCAGGGCCUUGCCACUGUGCACACUGGCUCACUGACAGGGUUUACUGAUACACUUAAAUGGAACUCAGUCAUUAUUAACAUAAUUAAUUGCACCUGUGCUUUUCCUGCAAAGGAAAGUCAAAAUGUCUGAGGUGAAACAGGCCCAUUAGGAGUUGUUAGUUGUCCACUUCAAUAGAUUUUUGUACAAAAUGUCCCUAAACAUCUAAAUUCCUGAUGACCUCUUCUUCUUUAACUACUUCUUUAAAGUUUAAGACCUUUUUAUUUGCUAAAUUUUGUCAGAAAAUGUUUUUUGUUGGCCCCAAAGUUUUUACUCAAAGCAGGAAAAGUCUUAAAGUUGACUUUUCUGAAACCUUCUGGUGUCAUUGUUUGCGGUCUUGUUACCUUUCCCUCUUUUGAGACUGUUCAUUUGACUCAGUUUCGAGGAGACGUGUGGACUUCAAAUGCUUUUAAUUCUACACUUAAGAGACUGAUACAGGAGUAAACAUCAGUGGCUUUGUAAUUCUAGCAUUGUAUUGCACAGUUGUGUGUGUGCGUGCGUGUGUGUGCGUGUGUGUGUGUGCGUCUGUGUGUUGACUUGCAUUCAGUGUGAAUGUCACUUUUUCGCGUAGUUUGUGUAGUUAUAGCGUGUGUGCGUGUGUAAUCAUACGUUUUUUUCAUAAAACUAUGCAUCCUAGAAUGUGACAUUCUUGUAAAAGUAUGUGAGCCAUUUAAAUAUUUAACUUUUUUUGUUUUUCUUCAAUCUAUUUAAGUUUUUACUUGUCACUGCCUAUAAAGUGUGUGUGUGUGUGCGUGUGUGUGUAUAUUAAUUGUGUUUAAAUGCAGAUUUUGAUAUUUGAUGAGCCAGUGGGCUUGGGGCACAUGUACAGUACAUGUAUGUAUGACGCGUGAGAUGGAAACGUAAUCAUGAAUCUAACAUAACUUUCUUUCCUCUGUACAAAACUUGUCUUGUGUAUUUUAACUUAGUUUCUGCUUAUAGAUCACAUGACGUAGAAUGCUUGUCAUUCAUGAUCAUGAGUGAUAAGUCUGUGAGACUGUAUGUUGUCUUAUGUGAAGGUUGUGAGAUACAUUACUCGCUAUAGAGGUCAGAUGCACUAUUUCAUUAACCUUUAACCUGCAACUUCUCACAUUUGAUGUCUUAGUGAAGGUUCAUUGUUUGUUUUUCUUCUUUUCAAACCCAAAGACUUUACAGUUUCAGAUAUUAUUGUAGAGUUGAGUACAAGGAUGACGUAUUUUUUGCUUUUAAUACAUAAAGGCACCAUCGCUGUAAAACUUUGGGACUGUAUGCAAAUUAUUAGGGGGUAAAAGAGUCAAGAAAAAGGGGGCGGGCUAAACUGCCAGCGAACCGGAAUAUCCACCACCACCUUUUUCCAGAUGUCAGAAUUUCGAUAACUUUCCCAAAGUCCAAAAAUGACCAUCCUUUCACGCUGUGAUUGGUCAGCUGAGAGAGGACUCGGAGUCCUGUCUUUCCUCCCUCAAGCUCUCUUUUUUGAUAUUUUUUUUAUAAUUCUUUCAACUAUUUCUGUCACUUUUUAUGUGAACAAUCAAGUGCAGCACUAUGAGUUCCUAUUUUAAAGAUUUAUUUUUAAGUCAUAUUAUAUAUGUGCCAUCGGUCAUACGUUUCUGUAUCAAGGCACUAUUUUCCUUAUCGACUUUAAUUGGUUAACACAACUAAUAAGCCAGUUUUCCACCCAUGUGAUGGCUGUGAGAACUGCUUAAUAUUUGUUGUUUUUGUCUUUUAAUAUUUUUAUUUCUAGCUUUUGGAUGACAGGUGUCCCUUAUUAUUUUAAGUCCAGGGAAGGGUUCGAAGAAAUAUUAGAAAUGGCCAAGAAAAUACAAAAUACAACCUCCCUCCCCCCCGAACCCAAAUCAUUUUCGUACAGUCCCUAAAGUCAAGUGCAUUGAGUUGUUUGUCUCAAAUGUCAUGAACGUGACAAUCCUGUCAAAUCCUGAUUUCAUUUCCAAAUACAGUUAACUUUCUCAUCUGUUUCUGUAAAGAAGUGACUUUGACCGUGCCCUUUUGAAUCUUUUUUUUUUUUCCCAGUAAAGUCUUGUGAUGUGCACUAAAGAUAAAUGAACUGUCAAUGAGAUACUUUGGUAGGUGUGAUUUAGAUUCUUGAACCACUUUUAGUGGAUAAAGCUAACAGCUGACGUUCUCUUGUGGCUCUUUUGUGUGUUUGCGUGCAGUAACAGUGCAAUAACAAAGAAGGCGAUGUUGUGAGUUUCCAAUAUUUGUUCAUGCACAAGCACAAACCUGUGCAUGUGUGAAUGACUGUUGAAAAUGAUCAUAAUGUGACUAUUUUUUCUUCACUGCCAUGCAUACUGGUGUUUGUAUAUAAAUAAACACAAA